AUGCCCAACAACAGGUGGAGGUGGUCAGCCAUUGACCGCGUCUUUGGCACCAACGGCAGUCAGGGGCCUGGGCACGGGACGCGGGUUCGGAAUCUGGUCCACGAGGAAGAAACAGCUUUACUUCCACAUAUUAAUCAUGAGCACAUGGCCUCGGUCGUGCCGCCAUCCGAAGUUACCAAAGUAUGCCUUCGCCUGCGCCAUCUGAUCCAAGAAUGUGUACCAUGUGAGAUGGAGGAGAGCCGCGUCACAGCGCCACAUAGCCGCAUCAUCACAACUAAAGUUGUUCAGGCGGCCAAGGAGGCUGGCGGCCAGGAACAUCGUGGAUGCGUGGUGUAUUGUUUGUUGGUCAACCAGCGAUGGUUCCGACGUGAAGCUCUUGUAGAGCUAUGGGACUCGGGCUUGCACAAACUGCAAGCAGAAGCCUGUGGGGUCAUUGCCAAAGCCUUGAUUGAGAACGAGGAAGACACCAAUUAUCUUCUGUACUCUGUGUUACUUCGCCGAUAUUCCUAUAUGGCAAACGGCGUCCCCACCCCGCCAGUAAAUGUGAUCGAAAAGGCUGUUGACUUGCAUGCUGUACGAGUCAUCGGGUCCUCUGGAUAUCAAAAAUGCAUCAACUACCUGUGGCGUGGCUGGCUUGUCCAAGAUGAAAAUGACCCAUCCGUCUUUGUUGAUUACAAAGACAAGGAUAGUCCAAAUUUUUUCCUUCACAUGGAUCCAGAUCGCAUGAGAGCCCCUCGAAAUCAGAAUGCAGCCCAGUUAUUAUUCUCCAUCAUCUACCUUCUGCUCUACACCAUCGCCGUCAACUCCAUCAACGCAUCCGGCCUUCUAGAUGGAGCAGAGAUUGCAUUGUAUCUUUUUACUCUUGGAUAUGUCUGCGACGAAAUCGUGAAGCUUUACAAGGCAGGCUACCAUAUUCUUGGCUUCUGGAACGCGUUCAAUGGUGUUCUGUAUUCGUUUUUGACCGUCUCUCUAAUUUUCCGAAUCAUUGGUCUGACUGCGGCCGAUGACUCGCGCUAUCGCGAGCAUUACAGCAAGCUCAGCUACAACAUGCUUUCCUUUGUCGCUCCUAUGUUCUGGUGUCGGCUGAUGCUGUAUCUUGACAGCUUCCGUUUCUUUGGAGCAAUGCUUGUUGUGCUAAAGGUCAUGAUGAAAGAGUCUGUCAUAUUCUUUGCUCUUCUCAUCAUCAUCAUCAUUGGGUUUCUUCAGGCCUUUAUUGGCUUGGAUCUGACUGAAGACAAUGUGGUCAAUGACGUUUUUUUCAUCAUCGAGUCGAUGACAAAAGCCAUCUUGCAGAGCCCUGAGUUUGAAGGAUUUGAAGCUUUUGGCCCCCCGUGGGGUAUCACCCUGUACUAUUGCUUCACUUUUGUUGUCAUGAUUAUUCUCCUCAAUAUCCUCAUUGCUCUGUAUAACUCUGCCUACGAAGAUAUUUACGAGAAUGCCGACGACGAGUACCUAGCUCUCUUCUCGCAAAAGACUAUGCAAUUUGUGCGAGCCCCCGACGAAAACGUAUAUAUCGCACCGUUCAACCUUAUUGAGAUCGUCGUCUCAGCCCUUUUCGAGUGGUGGAUGUCGAAGUAUACGUACGAGAUAAUAAACGACUAUGUAAUGGCUGUCAUAUAUUCACCGCUGCUGUUUGUGUCUGCUUUUUUCGAGACACGUGCUGCUCAUCGCAUCCGACGUAACAGGUCGAGGGGAGACGAUGAUGACGACGUGGUGGAGGAGUGGGAGCAACUGGAACAUGAGCUUGAUAUGGAGGCUGAAGGAUGGACCAAAACGUGCGAUACGGUGAAGCCGAAUAUGGAGGAUGACCCUGCCGUUUUGGAAGUCCGAAAACUACGCGCCGAGCUUGAAGGACUGAAAACAAUGUUGAAAGAAAUGACGCAGUAUGUCGGGGGAAAUCAGACCAGCGGCAGCGACAAGCCACAUGGAGGAAACCCUUCCAGCGCCAGCGAUGGCAUGUAA